UCUGUAUGGUGAUCCACUAAGUUUUUUUGUUUCGUGCAAUGUCACUAAUGGGAUCCCUCAUACAGUUCAAUACUAUAGUUUUGUUACUCAGUUUGUUUCAAAGUAUACAAGCAGAGGAAUUCAAAUCCUCACAACCAUGUGAAUUUCAAGCUAUUUUCAAUUUUGGUGAUUCUAAUUCAGAUACUGGUUGUAUGUCAGCGGCAUUUCACCCAGCUGUUUUGCCUUAUGGUGAAACCUUCUUUCAUGACGGUGCUGGUAGAGCUUCUGAUGGACGUCUCAUCAUAGAUUUCAUUGCCAAGCACCUUAGAUUGCCAUUUUUGAGCGCAUAUAUAAACUCAAUUGGAACAAGCUAUAGGCAUGGUGCAAACUUUGCUGCUGGGUCAUCAACAAUUAUGAGGCAAAACAAGACCUUCUUCGAUGGUGGCUCGCCUUUCACUCUUGAAAUUCAAAUAGCACAGUUUAUUCAGUUCAAAGCGCGCACCGCCAAGUUCUUCACCCAAGCAGAAAAUAAAACUUCUUUCAGAAGACACUUAGCAGAAAAUCAAAGUUAUUUCAGAAGACACUUUCCAAAGCCAGAGGACUUUGCAAAUGCUAUCUACAUGCUUGAUAUUGGUCAAAAUGAUCUUGGUGAUGUUAUUAGUAAGGUGGGAAAGGAAGAUUCACAAGCAUUGAUCUCAAACAUUGUGGAAUAUUUUGCAAAACAAGUUCAAAAACUAUAUAGUUUUGGAGCAAGGAAAUUCUGGAUACACAAUACAGGCCCAAUUGGUUGCCUUCCAGUAUUCAUGCCCAUUCACAAUGCCAUCAACAGCCAAACUCAAGUGGCUGGUUAUCUUGAUCAAAACGGCUGUGUUAAUCACCCAAACAACUUGGCCAGAGAGUUCAAUAAAAAGCUUAAAGAUGUUGUUGUCAAAUUAAGGGAACAGUUCCAUGAUGCUUCUUUCACAUAUGUGGACAUGUUCUCUGCAAAGUAUGAGCUAAUCAGUAAUGCUAAUAAAUCAGGAUUUGUUAACCCUUCUGGAAUAUGUUGUGGGUAUCAUGAAGAUGGAUACCAUGUUUAUUGUGGAAAUAAAGCAAUGAUUAAUGGUAAAGAAAUAGUUGCUAGUUCUUGUGAAGAUCCUUCAAAGUACAUUAGUUGGGAUGGAGUGCACUACACUGAAGCAGCAAAUCAAUGGAUUGCAAAUAGAAUACUUAAUGGUUCCUUUUCAGAUCCAUCACUUCCUAUUGCACACUCAUGUCAAAUUACUCAUUAGCAUUUACAUCCUGCCUAUUUUAAUUCUAUUAUUACCUCUAUUUUAUUUAGGUUAAUUACAA